ACGUGCUCAUCUGACUCUGCCUCCAAACAAACCACUCAAAAUGUACUGCCCAGAGGUUCUUGUUUCCCUGUAAUAAAGCUCCUAAUGGUAAUUCUCCUUACGUUAAAAGUUCAGACAUGUCUAUCACCGCACUGUCAACUCAAUCACCACAAUUUGAUAGUGUGAUACCGCAUCACAUGAUUCACAUCCCUGUAAAGAUUAAACAAGGGUUUGCCAAAUUAAUGGCAAAUGUAUAAUAGGAAUUCAAUUCUGACUCCCAUGUCUUUCACUGCAUUGUUAACUCUAUCACCACAAUUUUAGCGUCAAAAAUAAGAAUCAACUUGUGGUGAUAGAGUGGACACUCAGUGAAAGACAUGUCUGUUGUAACGAAGCUACUCAAUCGUGCUGUGGAGGUGAUCGAAGCAGUUAAACCUUUCGUAGUAUGUGGUCUCAGCAAGCUCAGGAGUAUCUUGAUAAUGUGCCAUUCAUUUCUAUAAGAGAGCUGGUAAAAAUCGACGAAUAUAUCAAGCUCCAAUAGAAACUGCAGCUUGUUGAAAAUGGUGGUAAACGAACUCUUUAUAUGCAAGGGCGCAGGGGAAGAAGAAGUACCAUUGCUCCUUUGAACAGGAGAAAUCAAGGUCAUUAGGGAACUUUGGGAUGAGCUUACACGCAACAGGAGCUACCACCAAGUUGCUGGAGAAUUGUAUUGAGAAUGUUGAGACAUAAACAUAAUACAAGUAUAGAAGGUCUGAUUCAAGGUGGAAAGAUACGUAAGCGAGGUUGUUCAUCAUCAACAUCAUCAUCAUCUUCAGUGAUACAGAAUUAUAGAUUUAAGAGAGCACUUUUAGUUGGUAAAAGAGGUAGAGGAUCAAACACUACUCCAGUUCCAACUUGGAGGAUUGAUAAUAACAAUAAUUCAAGAUCAAGUAAUCAUAGAAUUCUGACACCAAAUUCUAAUAGACAAGUCUCUGCUAGAAAACUUGUUGCUACUCUUUGGCAAAUGAAUGAAGUUCCUUCCCCGAGAAUGAAAGAGAUUUUAGAUUGUAAGAAAGAAUCAAGAAGUAGUACUCGAGAUAGAGGUGGUGGAAACAGAGUUUACUCUGUUCUCUCUGAUCCUUCUCAUAGUCCUGUUUCAGAUAGAUUGGAUCGGUCUAGAAAUGGAAGUCAUCACAGAAGAAACUCUAUGACAUCUCAGAAGCUCAAGCUUACUGAUUAUAUCAAUGGAGGUUUUGAUUCCAUUAGCAAUGCCAAUCAAAUGGAGAUUCGGCCGCGUUCUCGGGGAAUGACUCCGACGGGAUCUUCAGUUGGGGUUCACAAUCAUAAGUCGCGUUUGAAGGAUGUUUCUGACGGUCUGACAAACUCGAAAGAGCUUUUAAAAGUGCUCAAUCGAUUCUGGGGUGUUGAAGAACAUCAGUCAGCAAGUAUGUCAAUCAUAUCAGCUCUAAGAGCUGAAAUUGAGAGAGCGCACGGUCAAGUUAACCAUCUGGUUCGCGAAAAUCCUUCUUCUGAUCGUAGUAAGGAAAUGGAGUGUCUACUGAAGCGCUUUGCACAAGAGAAAGCAGCUUGGAAAUGCAAUGAGCAAGAAAAGAUAGAGAUGGCUUUGAGACCGAUUAAAGGAGAUCUCGAGGGAGAGAGGAAGUUGAGGAGAAGAACUGAGAGCUUGAAUAAGAGUCUUGGUAGAGAAUUGGCUGAGACUAAAUCUGCUCUCUUGAAAGCAACUAAAGAGCUUGAGACUGAGAAGAGGGCGCGAGAGAUAAUGGAGCAAAUAUGCGAUGAGUUGGCUAGAGGAAUUGGCGAGGAUAAAGCAAAGGUAGAAGCAUUGAAGAGAGAGUCUGCAAUGGUUAGAGAGGAGGUUGAGAAAGAGAGGGAGAUGCUUCACUUGGCGGAUACUCUGCGCGAGGAGAGAGUUCAAAUGAAGCUGUGCGAAGCCAAGUAUCAGUUCGAGGAGAAAAAUGCAGCGGUAGACAAGUUAAAGCUUGAACUAGAAACCUUUCUUAAAACCAAAAAGUCUAAAGGUAAUAAAAACAGGUCAGGGAAAUGUGGCAGCAGAGGAGAUGUUGCAAUCUAUUUGAGUAAACCGAAUGUGUUUGAUAAGAUCCAAAGAGGAGGACAAGUAGUAGAUGAGGAAAGCAAUGACGGAGAUUUGGACUCGGGUGAAGAAGAAGGUUCGUCUGACAGUGAUCUCCAUUCCAUUGAAUUAAACAUAGAGGAUGCUAAUAACUCAGGCUAUGUGUGGAAUUUCGUUGACGGAGCUGCUCAAGAAGAUCCGAAGAGACUUUCUGUUGACAAAGAAACCAAAGGGAGAAAAUCCACCUCAAGUAAAAUUACAAAGAGGAAUUUUUCAAUCGGAAGGCGUGAUUCAGAUGGUAUAGGUUGGGAUUUCAGCAAUGAAAAUUUCUCAAACUGGGGAAAGAUCUCCGAGCAUGACAAACAAAUUAAUGGACAAGAACAUUUCGAAGUCGGUACUCAGAAACAUAAAUCAAAAGCAGAAAAGAAUUUGUCCAGAUCAAAAACUGCACUGCCCCAAGACUUCACAAGUACAACGAAAGAAUGGGGACAACAUCGACCUUCAUGGGAUCUUGGCAGUGCGCAUUGUGAUAGUCCAAAUCCAAAUAUAGCAUGGGAGGCCAGUUUGAAGGAAAGAUUAGCUGAAAUCUUGGGGGAAAGUAGAGUUCAAGAAGCGGAUGACAGUAAGAAACUGUCUGUAUCUUAAUCAACCUCCUAAAGCUUGAGAGCCGUGUAGAUCAAAAGGUAAAGCUCUCAUCUAGUACUGAGCAACGACUAUGAUGUUGCGAAUGCCAAUUUUUUUACUGUGUUUUUCCUUUUUUACCUUUAGUUGUAACCAUAUUGACAUAUAUGUGCACUACCUCAUGCAACAAACAUAUUCAAAUCAAAAUCAUUGGUUUUUUUCCCCCC